AGGAGUCGUGCUUCACAGUGAGGCACGUGUUAUUGGUAGAAAAUACAUUAUUCGAAAUAAAAAUUUGGUGACAAAAUAUUUUUGAAUGCAUCGGAAAUUUGCCAUGAUUUAGUUGGCGAUUUUUUAUUGUUGCUUUUCAUUUUUGUUACAUUUGUUUCAUUGUUCUCCGUUCACACGAAAUUUUAGAGAGGUCACAAUUUCUGUUAAGGAAUUGACGCAGCAAAAUGGAAGUACUAGCAAAAUUUGGCGUCCGCUGUUCGGACUGCCGAUUCACAUUCGCAGCUUACAAAUUUGAGUGAAAACGACAUUCAGCGCUGUAAAUUUCUACAGCCAUGAACUACAUCCUGAGGAAUUUUCCAAGAACGAGAUGGAGCGAUACCGCGUGCUGGGAUCUGUCGACAGCUACGAUGGACAACAAAACCUAGACGAAUGGAUCCAGAUGCUAACAAGAGCGGCCGAAUUUGCGGGAUGGAAUGAAGAACAGACAUUCAAGGCGGCAAUGUUCCGGCUUCGCGGAGAGGCCGGAGAACAUGCCGAACAACUGCGGGAUGAAGGAAAAAUUAACACCUGGAAAGAACUACAAACAGUAUUAAAGGAACGUUUCAUCACAUCCGGCAAAGAGCAGUGGCACCAAUAUCUUUUAAACACGGGAACUCAGGGCACCAAGACUGUCCAAGAGUGGGCCCAGACAGUGAGAAAACUUUCCCUUCUGGCGCUCGGACCCGAGAUGCAGGAAAUCAAGAUGGAAGGAGAAGAUGGCGAAGAAAAUCAAGAUGAGCAACUGAGACAGGAAACAGCCGCCAAAAGGGAAGCUCGCAAGAAACUUUUGGACUACAUGAGAAAAUCUAACUUCAUUCGCGGACUCAAAAGUAGCUUGCGACAAAUGGUCUGGAGAAAGAAAUGCAAAACGUUUGAUGAAGCAGUCCAAGCAGCCGCCGAGGAAGAAGCUGUGGAGGCGAGUCAUCGAGAGGAAGAAGUUCUAAGCUGCUACAAACGCGAUAUCCCAAGCUUCACGAGUCAAGGGCUAAUGGAACAGCUAGUGGCUGCCCUAGAAAUUCACGACGCUAAGAAAAAGAAAGAGGACACCGACGAAGAAACUACCAAAACAGCUCGAGGAGGACUGAAGAAAGAAACAGCAAAGAAACAAAGCCAGAAAUCCCUACCUCGCAACCAGCGCCGACCGAUCGACGGGGACUCCGAGGAUGAAGACGAAGAGGAGGACGAAGAGGAGGAAGAGGAAUACGAGAGACGACCGCGCCGGAGGGGAUACCAACAAGGAGGGACACGAUCUCGCUGGAACGGACGAGGCAGGACGGCGGAAGGCUAUCAGCAGUACGACGACCAACUACCGCUGCCCCGAGCACCCCGCAGAGCGACGCCCGUCCGCCAGUGGACCCGCCGUGAGAGGAACGACGAAGCGGUUGGAAAUGGAGCACGGCCCCGAGAAUAUGACUCACGAGUGAUCUGCUUCUACUGCAAUGAGGCUGGACACAUCAAGAGAUUCUGUCCCCACAAUCCAGAGCGGCAGUCGGGAAACGAGUACCGCCGGCUGCGCUGAAGCGGCAGCCGGCGCAACUG